AGCUGUUUUUGCCCAAGCCAAUGCUCAAGAAUAAAGCUUCUUUGCGCGCUCUACCUCUUUCCCGGCCAAGAUCUAAAAGCGCGCCGCAUGGAGACAUCAGCUGAUCGACCUCGCGGUGCUCCGCAUGGACCAUCAGCCGAUAUGGACCUGAUAGGUCUCAAGGUAUGGGUGCACCCUUCUAUGCAGAUGCCGUUCAAGCUCGACCCUGAGGUGCACCUGUUCAAGAUGGAGCCAUCGAUGCUGAUCGUUGACCUCAUGGACAAGCUGGAGCUUCUGUUCGAGAAGCUGUCCAAGAAGAGCAGUCAGGAGACUGGGGGCCCUUGCCACGAGAUGCAGAUCAAUGUGCUCUGGAACGUGAAGGACCAUAAGAAGGCGCUGAACCCGAACAGCAAGAUUGGCGACCACUUCGAGUCUGGUGACACUUUCGGCGUGUACGGAGACAUACUGGAGGCAUUGGACAAGGAGUUCAAGACGGAAGACCAGAAGGUCCCAGUGACCAUUUGAUGGCUUUCGGUCACUGCAGACCCCCCUGCCCCAGGCAUGGAGGGAUCCCAGUUCGUCAUUGUUGCCGUCAUCCUGCAUCGUCUGUUCGUCGUCCUCAUGGGGGCUCCUGGGGCUGUCUUGGGAUCGCUUUCUGGCCUGGGCCCGCGCUCUUCCCGUCGAUUCGUGCUCUCGGAUUCGGGGGCCCUCUCGGGGCAGUCUCUGGG